AUGUGGCUUGGAAAGGGCAAGCUCAACCUUACCCCAGACUACCAGCGCAAACAUGUUUGGGAACCGAGCAGAUCUUCUCGGCUUGUUGUGACUGUGCUGUGCCGUCGUAUUGUUCCAGCUGUGACCGUUUGGCAAGAUAAAAAAGGGCGUUUGGAUGUUAUUGAUGGGAAGCAACGACUGGCAUCAUUGCUAGGGUUCUUCCUUGCUGGAGAUAACCCAGAGCACCACAAAAAAUUGACGGACACUGGCAAGUUACCCACCGAUUUCACGACACUCUCCCAACUCGAUGAAAAAUAUGAUACCCUGAACGGAUUGACUUUCGAGGCACUCAGUGAGGAACGGCAAAUAGCAUUUUCGUCCUUCACCAUCCCAGUUACGACAAUCCCAAAUAGAGCACCACAGAACCAUGUUCAUUCAUGCUUCUUAGACAUCAACUCGGGAGGACUUGAUUUGACGUACCAACAAGGCCGCCGAGUGGCUUACUGGAGUCCUUACAUCCGUUUACUUGAUAAGCUUGCAAAGAACGAGGACUUUCAGCGCAUUCGGGACCCUGAAGCCUUCGACAAGGGGGGGUACGUCCCUUGCGACAAAGAGAGUGAUUGUGAGCUAAUCUUGCGGGCUUUUGCUUGGGAACGAUUUGGCAAAAACUACAAGAAGCCCAUGGUCGACUUUAUCAAUCGGGAGCUGGAGCAUUUUGGCAACUUGAACAAUGAAGCUGCACAGAAAGCGAUCCUCACCAGCCGCAUGGCCGAGUUUGAGCUGGUCAUGAAAAUCUGGGCAAAUGUGUUCUCCGAGAAUAAUGGCGCAUUUCGGGCUUGGAAGAAUGGACGUUGGGCCAAGGAUAUUACACUUCCACUGUGGGAUUUGAUGUAUGCUGUGCUUGUGGAACUCACGCGAAAGUACCCAAAGGCGCACAUGUACACCAAGUGCAAGAAAGAGUUGCAAGCUGCCACCAAGUCUUUGUUCACAAAGUAUGACAUUGCCAGAGAACUCUCGUACCGAAGCGCAAAAAAAUUUCUGAAGCAAAAGGCUCUUGUAGACGGUGUCCUGUCAGAGGUUUUGAGUAAAGCCAAUCCUGAAAAUGGGCCUAGGCGCUUUGCUGGUGAUCUUGACUUGCGGCGGCAACAACUGUAUGAUAAGCAGGAGGGGAACUGCAACAUUUGCAAUCAGACUCUCGACGUGAAACGCAUUCACGAUGGGUCGUACGCUCAUCUUGACCACAAAAUACCUUACUCCAAAGGUGGACCGACGGAGGAAGACAAUGCUGCGCUGGUUCAUACUGAAUGCAACCUACACAAGGGUGCCAAAACCGAGUGA